GAGUGGUGGUUCAAUGGCUUCUGCUUCAAAGUCUCAAGGAGAAACAGACGAGAGUGGCAGGAGGGUGGACUUAAAAUUGUCCUGAGAUCCUGUCGCCUUUAACCUGACAAGGGAGCACUAAAUGAUUAUAUCUGCCAUUGGAAAAGAACCUGGGGUGCUUCUGACCACUCAACAGGAGCAGAUGUCAAGCCAAGCACUACUAAGGGAAGGGGGGGAAGGGUCAACGUUGCCUGAUAAAGAAGAGCUGAACAGAAAGAUUAAAGAGCAAAAAAUUGUAGUUGAUGAAAUUUCCAACUUGAAGAAGAACCGUAAAGUUUACAGACAACAACCAAACAGCAAUAUAUUCUUUCUAGCAGACAAAACUCAAACUCUCUCCGAAUGCAAAAUUACUUUAGAUGAACUAAAGAAGGCUCAUCAAGAAAUAGAGAACUCAGAAAAGACCAAGACCAAGAAAUAAAUAAGUCCAGUACAAGUUGACAAUGUGUG